UCGUCUGCUACAUCCAGGGCAAGAACGUGCUCAACUCGCUCACGCUCGGGGAUGGGAUGCGAGGCACGAUUCUCUCGCUGCUCGUCAACCUGUCCGUCAUGCUGCCCGUCAUCCUCGGCAACGUGAUGCUCUUCGUCUCGGUCCCCCUCCUCGCGGAGAAGCUAGAGCGGCACACCACAUUCACCGGGAAGGAGCUCGCCGUGAUGCUGAAGCUGGUCUUCUUCCAGGUCUACAACUCCGUCUUCGCCUCGCUCGCCUUCCUCUUCGACCCGAGCAUCGACCUGUUCGCGCGGCCGUGGUACACGACCGGCGGCGCGCUGAUCGCAAACAUCCUCUUUGGCGACGCAAUCUUCAUCCAGGUCGUGCUCGACUGGGUCCGCGUCGGCGGGCUCUUCUCGCGCCUCUGCCUCGCCCCGCGCGCAAAGACGCAGCUGCAGAUGGACCGGCUCUACGUGGACGACGCCGACAUCUACCUCGCCUUCCGCGUGCAGCUCGCAGGCAAGUUCAUCAUCCUCGCCCUCAUGUUCGGCACCGCCAUCCCCCUCCUCUACCUGCUCGCCGCCUUUUACUUUUGGCUCGCCGGGUGGAUCGACCGGUACAACCUGCUCCGCCGCCUCUCGCCGCCGCCGCGCACCGACGCCGCCCUCACGCGCGCGCUCUGCCUCGUCGUCUUCCCGCUCGGCAUGGCCCUCCACGCCCUGAUGGCCUGUCUCUUCUUCUCCUCCCUCCCGGCGGAGGACGCCGCAGAGGCGAACGCCGCCGCCGCCGCCGCCGCCGGCGCCGCCUCCUCUGGCGGCGCCGCCUUCCCCGGCGCCGCCGGCGAGUUCGGCUCGGGCGCGGACGCAUCUCCGCCGUCCUUCCCUCCGGCCUUCCCGCCCCCUCCGCCGCCCUCUCCGCCGACGCGGGCGGACGAGUGGCUAGCCUAUAAGAUCCAAGUCGGCGCCACGGUCGCCGUCGGGUGCGUGAUCGGCGUCUUCUACCUCGUCGAGUUUGCGCGCCGGCACGGCUGCAACCUGCGCCUCCUCUCGGCGCGGCAGCAGCAGGUGGUCCUCACCGUCUUCACGCAGACCGACGAGCGGCGCGCCGCCGUCGCGGUCUCCUCGUCGACGAUGCGGCGCGGCGACGAGUACCUCCCGCCCCUCACAAAGUCGAUCCUCUUGCUCCUCGGCCUCGACGGCGCGCGCACGACGGCACAUCACGUCGCCACGCACGUCGCCCGCUCCUCCUCGCUCGCCAGCGCGAAGCCGACCACGCCGCGCCUCGGGCGGCUCCGCUCCCGCGCGAUGUCCACCGGGACCGGCGGCGCCGUCUGCGUCAGCAUGAUCCCCGAGACGACCCCACGGCGCAGCUCCUCGUUCGGCACUGCGGCGGCCGCGCCCGCCCCGCCCGCGGCCGACGGCGCCGCCGCAGCUCCCGACCCCACGCGGUCGGCGCGGACCGCGGCGGCGCAGCACCUCCAGGCGGCGGCGGCGGAGCAGCUGCGUGCCCAGCAGCCGCCGCCGCCGCAGCACACCAGCUUAGACUUGCGGAGCGCGCCCUCGGAUGAAGGCGGGGGCGGGUUUGGCCACGGAGCCGUGUGACAGUGCGACUCGCGAGGGGAGGUUUUGAGGUCCGCGGCUGGGGUCCGCUGUACGUGUAGGAGCUAGUACCAGGUCGUGUCCGCGGCGAUGUCUAGAGUCUGUGUGCGCGCUCAGUCUCACGCUUUCGCGGCGCGUCGAGGCCGUAGAGCCUAGAGCCGUGUAUGAGGUCGAUACGACGAUAUCGCGCUCUCGAGUGGGGCGCGAGACCGAGUGAGAGUACCGUGUUAGGUGUUACGCAUGGUGCCGUGUAUACCCAGAGAUCAGACUCACCAGACUCCAGAGUAUUGGGUAUAGCGAGCGCAAACGAUACGAUAAACAG